AUGCUGCCCCCCGAGAGGGGCCCCCGGGGCCCCCCGGGCCUCCCCGAGCGCACAUCUUCGCAGCCAACUGCAGCAAAGCUUUUUGCUGCUGCCCAGCCGGCCAAUGAAGAGGACUCCAGGGGCCCCUCGGCCCGGGGGCCCCCAGCUAGGGGGGGCCCCCCGGAGGCCCCGGAGCCCUUGAGGGGCCCCGAAGGGUCUUCGGAGGGCCCGGGGGCCCCCGGGGGCCCCGGGGCCCCAGAGGCCCUGGGGCCCCCCGGGUCUCAAGGGGCCCCGGGGGCCCCUAGCCGGCUGGGGGCCCCCGGGGCCCUGGGGGCCCUCCUGCGGGGGGAGCCCCGAGGGUACCCUGGGGGCCGCAUGCAAGAGUCCUGCUUUUCUGCUGAUGCUUCUUGGAUUAGAGCUCCUUCAGAUACUGUUGCUGCUGCUGCUGCUGCACUGGAUGAGGAUGCUGCUGCUAAGCCCGCAGCAGCAGCAGCAGCGCCAGCAGCAGCAGCAGCAGCGCCAGCAGCAGCGCCAGCAGCAGCGCCAGCAGCAGCGCCAGCAGCAGCACCGGGAGCCCAAGCAGCAGCACAAACAGCAGCAGCAGCAGCAGCGACGGCGAAGCGGGCGCUGGCAGCCACCGCAGCAGCAGCAGCAGCAGCAGGGGACGCUGCGCAGGCAGCAGCAGCAGCAGCAGAAGCAGACUCAGCAGCAGCACGAGAUGUAGCAGCAGCAAUUGCUGAUCUCGAAGCAGCAGCAAAUGGAGGCCCUGCUGCUUUCGAAUAUGUUUUCAUUUUCACAAACCCCACAAGUGGCGGCAACAAGGCCUCAGCAUUUACUCGAACAGCAGUGUCGCAGCUGACACUGACAGAGCCGUGUCCUUUGAAGGUGUUCAUACACGACAUUCGGGAGGGCCCGAGCGGCAGCAAGCCGGGUUUCCUGCUGCUGCGGUCGGUGGCUGCUGCUGCAGCAGCAGCAGCAGCAGCGGGGGAGCCGCGGGCGGCAGCAAACAGCAGCAGCAGCAGCAGCAGCAGCAAAAAAACUCAACAGCCAAUUGUUAGAGUCCUUGUUGCUGGCGGAGAUGGCACUGUCAUGUGGUGUAUUGACGAAAUGCACAAAACUGGAGUCCAGCCCCACGUCUGCGCCGUGGGGGUGGUGCCCUACGGCACAGGGUUUAGGGUUUUGAUUGUGGGGGGCGCAACAGGAAACGACUUUGCGAAUGCUUUUGGCUGGCGGCCGUUUAACGCGGCGAAUCCCUUUGACGCGUCUUUGCACACCCUCCGGAACAUAGUGGAGCACUGCAUGCGCGCCACUGUGGUGUAUCAUGACCUUUGGUCUGUCAAAGUCACUUUGAAGCCAGGAGGACAUUUCAACAGAAUCAAUUCAACUACAAGAAAAAAGGCAAGACCAGCAGCAGCAGCAGCAGCAGCAGCAGCAGCAGCAGCAGCAGCAGCAGCAGCAGCACGAGCAGUCACUGUAGUAGCAGAAGUGGUGGAAGCUGAGGGGGAGCCCGUGAAGGAACUUUCCUUCACCAUGAGCAACUACUUCAGUAUGGGCGUUGAGAGCCGCAUCGGCAGAGGCUUCGACAGAUACCGAACUAAGUCGCAAGUUUUCAACAAAAUGCGAUAUGGCAUUGAGGGCUUCAAAAAGACAUUUGUGACGCGAACAAAAAGCAUAAAUGAAAUUAUCUUGGACCUGAGGAUACACCCGGACACCCCAGAAGAACAGACCCUCUUCACCACAGACAAAGCAGCAGCAAAGGCGCAGCAGCUGCCGCUGCUCAACAGUAAGGUGGCGCCAAAGGCUGCAGCAGCAGCAGCAGCAGCAGCAGCAGCAGCAGCAGCAGCAGCCCUAGCUACAGCAGCAGCAGCAGCAGCAGCUAACGCAGUGCGGUCGGCAGCGUGCCCUGCAGCGGCAGCAGCAGUUUGCUUCGUCAGCAGCAGCAGCCCUACCCACAGCAGCAGCAGCAGCAGCUCUACCCACAGCAGCAGCAGCAGCAGCUCUACCCACAGCAGCAGCAGCAGCAGCAGCAGCGGCGGUCGCGUGUGUGUCUGCUGCAGAAACGGCUUCUCUGGUGGUUUUGAACAUUCCGAGCUUCAGCGGAGGAAACGACAUAUGGGCUCCUUCAAAGAAACUUGCAACAAGAAUGUUUGA